GCUCUCUCUGCAACCAACAAAAGCAAAAGAAAACACCACCCCGCGCUGCGCUGAAUUCGGUGAUGGGUCUUCUGAUGAGCAGCAGCAGCAGCUGAUCUCUCUCCUUACUUAUCCCUGCGCUCCCUUCACCAUUUUCCUCCCCAACCCAUAACCCUAAAAAGAAGCACUCCAUCUCGCUUCAUCUCUCCUUCCCCCCAUACCAUUUCCCUUUCCCCUUCUCGCCAUGGACGUUGACCUCAUGACUCAUCCUCACCACCACAACACAUCAUCCUCAUCGUCCACCACAUCCAACGACCACCACCACCUCGACAUGAUCUCCAUGAUGUUCCAAAACGACGUCGUCCUCCCACCACCACCUUCCUCCCAACCACCAUUUAUACCACCCGCCGCCACCACUCCCUUCCCCGACCCCAACUUCUUCCUCAAGUACCCUCCUCCUCCUCCGGCAACAACCUUGGAGAGGAGGAACUCGACGGCGGCUAUACGGGAGAUGAUCUUCCGGAUAGCGGCCAUGCAGCCAAUCCACAUCGACCCGGACUCCGUCAAGCCACCCAAGCGCCGCAACGUCCGGAUCUCCAAGGACCCGCAGAGCGUCGCGGCCAGGCACCGCCGCGAGCGGAUCAGCGAGCGGAUUCGGAUCCUCCAGCGGCUGGUCCCCGGCGGGACCAAGAUGGACACCGCCUCCAUGCUCGACGAGGCCAUCCACUACGUCAAGUUCUUGAAGAAGCAGGUCCAGUCCCUCGAGCAGGCCGGCGCGAGUGCAACUCGGCCUCCGGUGACGUUUGGUGGUGGGUUCCCGUUCUCUCCUGCGGCGGCGGGGUUUGGUGGCGGUGGUGCGGCGGCGGUGAAGAAUGGGGGUUGUGGUCAGCCGUCUCCUUCGGCGGCCUAUGGGAAUCAUCAUCACCAUCAUGGUGUGAUGCUUGGAUCGAUGCAAAUGCUUUGAGAUUUAACUCAUUUGAUCUUUCGCCCAUCGUUAGUUUUUUUUUUCGUAACAAUAAUACAUUUAUAGGAUGAUGAUGAUGACGACGACAACGACGACGUACGGCUUAUGAAUUAAUCUGUGGGGGUUAAGUAAUUAGUAAGAGGCUUUUUUGGCUAAUUUGUGUAUCGGGGCUAAUUAUUCGUGUAAAUUAGGGUAAUUAAUGUUCUCGAUCGAUCUCUUUCGAGUUUGUAAUUGUUGUGAAACGAUUGCUUUGUAAUGCAUGGAUGGGUAGUUAAUUAUUAUAUAUAUGAUCAGUUUGCUAAGCUUUAAUGUGAACGUACUGUCCUAUGUUUUCAUUAGUGGCUAGGUUUUUACUUUUUGGUGGGUGUGUGAACAGUAGCUUGAUUGGAUAGCUAAGAUUGUGUAAGUAACGCAAUGCAAAGAGAGAUCGUACGUACGUGUGAGUUUAGCAAAAGCGACGUGAUGGGCAAUGAAGUCAUUAAAUAUCA